AAAAAGGGCUCGUCGGCCGAUACCCAAGGAAGCAAACCCCGUCAGAAUCGUUGACCCAACUGUCUAGCACCUCAGCCUCCAGAAACCCUGAUGGGCUCGAUUCAGGAACUUCGAGUUGCGGUCCUAGUCAACCAUCCACCACACACGACCUUCUGGCCCGAGGUCAAGCAAGCCUUCGUGGAUGCGUUUGCAGUGGUAGCACCGCAUGCCCUAGUCGGUUUCUUUGACCCCAUCAUCCGUGGCGACUAUCCCGACCCGAAUGAUUACGAUUUGAUCAUUCUCAGCGGCGGCAAAGGGAAUUCCCUUGCUCCCGAGCCGUGGAUUCUACGGCAGAUGGACUUUGUCAGGGAUACGGCCCAAAGAUAUCCAGAGAAGAAGAUGCUGGGCAUAUGCUUCGGUCACCAAAUCAUCGCCCAAGCUCUGGGCGGAAAGGCGAGAAACAUCCCGGCCGGCCCCAUCGCCGGUCUUGUUAGGAUCAACUUGACGAAAGAAGGUUGCAACUUCUUUCCCAGGUUGGCCAGUAAAGCCAGCUAUGCAGCAUCUCAAUUCCAUGUGCGAGAGGUCGAAAGUGCUCCUCCCAAUUUCAUUCAACUGGCCGAAAACAACGAAGUCCUGGUUUCCCGUUCCAAUACAAUCCUCUCCUUCCAGGCACAUCCGGAAAUCGACGGGGUCUUCUCGAGGAAGAUUCUGGACGACGAUGACACGACGUACAUCGAGAACCUGACUCCAACGGAGAUCGAGCAUAUGAAGAACCACUGCGCCGACGCACAGGAUGGGCUGGAGUUGUUGAGGCGCGUGGUAGAAUGGCUUGCUGAAGAGGCUCAGUAAUUCAAGCGACGAAAGUUUCACGCCGGGGGCAGCACUCCAAUCACCAGUGUGAGGUUAAAUUUCAAGACAAGCUGCCAAAACUUCGAUAGAACCAAUAUACUACAUCUAUUCAUUUCCAUGGGGGUUCGGAAGGAUGGAUUCUGGCUGACUUGAUCCCUUCUUGUUGAUUGCUAUGAUCAAUGCUGUUCCAUUCUAGGAGCUUUAAAAAGCCCAGACUUUGAACGUCGACAGAUUUUGGGUGCUGAUGGCUCUGCUGCGGAAACAAUUGACCCGUCAACGCUAAGGCUUCUCGACAGCUACUUUGCUGAUUAAUAGGAAA